GGAACCAGCGGUCAAACCGGAUAUAUAUCCUCCAUACGACAGCAGGUGGAGACARACAGGAGCUAGGAGGAUGGAGGAUAAGGAAAUUGGUUUUCUCACCAGACCAAUGAUUGACGACAYGAUGGUAGGGGAUGAUCAGCAAAGGAUGAAGCUCAUGCAGAGCCUCCACGAGAUUGGGAAAAAUGCAGAACUUGCAUUUUUGGAAAAUUUGGAGGCUAGGAAGCAGCAAAAAGAGCAACAGGGGGGACAAGGGAGCAGCGUUGGAUCUGACGAACAGGAGGAGCAGGGGGAGAGUAUGGAAUGUGGGGAAAACAUCAAGGAACCGAGUCACUCAUUGAAGAGAAAGGAUUCCGAAGGUGAGAGUGAGAGGGGGAAAACGGAAGAACAAGAAGGCCAGUCCCAGAGAACAAAAAGGCAACAGACGGACAACAGCAUGGAUAAUGCAGAAGGGAGCAAGGCAGGGGGGAGCUGGACAGCGGAAUCGGAAAAGGAGAUAACGCAGGGACAGGUAGGAACCGAAGGGGAAAGGGAAGGGAAUCAACAAGGCAYAGAGCCAGGGACCAGCACACAAGAGGGUCAACAAAUCACAGAGCCAGGGACUAGCAGACAAGAGGGGGACAMAGGGACYAGCAGGCAGGAGGGGGAAUCCAUAGAUGAAGCUCARGGAAAGAACAGGGCUGUGAAAAGAAAGGCCAUGCAAAAUGUGGAAAAUAUGAUGGAGGAGGAAAUACAGCAAGCAGAGGAGGAUCAGAAGGAUUUUACACAAGACUCAGACAAAGGAGUAUCGUCGUCGUCGUCGGAGGAGGAGGACGAGGAGGAGGAUGACACAAUGCAGGAGGAAAAUAUGACGCUUGAACAAUGGAUCAGAGUGGUGGAACAAUUGGAAUGGGGAAGGACUAUAGAGUGUGAAAUCAGGCUUGCGCAUCACAARCACUUGAGGAAUUUGAGGCAGGCAACUCAGGUGGAGGAGGACAUUACCUCCGAAAAUCGGUUUGAGCUGUUGAAAAGAGAGGGAGAGUUAAAUGAAUUCUAUGCUGCUCAAUAUGYRAAGAAGGCACGCACARUCAAGAAUGACGUCCAGAUUCAUCAUGAAGACUACGAGAGGAUUUUCCAAUGGCCAAAGACAUACCGGGGCAAGAGUGAGAAGGGAGUCAGCAGGAAGCGUAAACUACAGAAGGAAGAGGAUCRRCAAAGUAAGGCGGAGAAUGGGACAGCAGCACAAGACCGGGAAGAAGAAAUGGAGGACAMGGGACAAGAAGAGGGGGAUGAGCAGGAGAAGCAAGAACUUCAGACUCAGGCUGCAAUAUUGGAAGCCCAGAUAAACACGAUGAAGGACGAAAAUAUGAAGCUGGGAGAGGAAAUGAUUAAUCUCAAGGACAUCGCUCAGGACAAGUUGAAAGAGAUUGAAGCAGCAACAAGAUUGGAGGCAAAGAAUGGAAUGGGAAAAAGGGUUAUAUAACCCUGUCACUGGAAUAAGAAACAUACAGAUUGGGAAGUGGCAAUUCAUCG